CCGUACGGCGCGAGGGGCAUUGUGGGUGGAGGCGAAGUGUGUCUCUGUGGCUCUCUUGGCGUGCGAGCGCGGGAAAUGGCCAAACAUCAUCCCGAUCUGAUCUUUUGCCGCAAACAAGCCGGCGUGGCCAUUGGCAGACUCUGUGAGAAAUGCGAUGGAAAGUGUGUGAUCUGCGACUCGUACGUGCGGCCCUGCACGCUCGUGCGCAUCUGUGACGAGUGCAAUUAUGGCUCGUACCAAGGCCGCUGUGUGAUCUGCGGGGGCCCCGGAGUCUCAGACGCCUACUACUGCAAGGAGUGCACCAUCCAGGAGAAGGAUAGAGAUGGUUGUCCCAAGAUUGUGAACCUUGGAAGCUCUAAAACAGAUUUGUUUUAUGAACGCAAAAAAUAUGGAUUCAAGAAACGAUAACCUUUCCCAGCAUCAUGACACACCACUCACAUUUAAGUUUUUUUCUAAUGUGUUUGUUUUAAUAUGAUGGAAUGCCUAUUUUCUUGCGAUUGUCUGACGAGAAUUUUGUGGAUAAUUUCUUUAAAAAUAAGAACAUUAUUACCAUUGGCUUGCACUGUGUGAUAUGAUGGUCACAUUGUAUAUUCGUGUGGAAUCCUGUUUGCAGCCAUGAUGAUCUUAGCAUACCAUGUGGUAUAAUGUGAUACAUUGUGCCCUGCGUGGUCCAGGACUUUACGGUGUUUGGAAGUUGUUUUUAUUCACUUUGUCCCAGAAGAUGCGAAGGGCAGGGAAGCCGUAUCAUCAAGUCAAACCUGCAUGUUCUCGGAUGUUAUCAGUUAAUUCCCUGGCCUCUCUGGGGGUUAAAAGAAAUACGCAGGAAUUGUACUUUAAUGUUUAACUCGUAAAUAAAGUUGAUGGCUUCACGCUCAAGAUUCUGAACUGGAUAUAUUAAAAAUCUCUUAAACAUUGUUUUAUUCUUACAGAAAUUUAAAUUAAACUUUAAACUUCAUAAAAUAA